AUGCUAGCUUCUUUGAACAAAAUAGAUAUAUUUGGUAGCUAAAUUUUCUUAAGAUUUAAUGGAGAAUCUACUUACAAACCUAAAUUAGGAUCGACAGUAACACUUUCAAUAAUUGGCAUAAUAUCAUUUCGCUUCAUUUCAAUACUUUUGAGUAUUUCAAAAAGGACAGACCCAACUGUAAUAUACAGUGAACGAUAAGUGGAUAAUCCUGCUUAGUUUAUUGCAACUAGCACGAGUUUUCCAUUAGCAUUUGCUAUGGAAGAUCCUGUCACUAGAAACUACUACAUUGAUGAAAGUAUUUAUACAGUUUAAGCCUAACUUUAGCAAAAAUACUUAGUAUUUAAUAAUCAAACUUAGUAAUAUGAUACUGUUUGGGAUAACAGAGAAAUUAAAGUAUAAGCAUGCACAAAGGAAAACUUUUAAAAUCCUGAAAAUGCAGACUAUUACUUGUAAUAGAAUUACACAAAUAUGUAUUGCUUUUCUCCAGAUGAGUAGCUAUCAAUUUAAGGAGACUUCCCUUCUCCUACAUUUUAGUAAAUUUAUUUUGUAGUAUAGCAAUGUUAAACUAAUUGCAAAUCAGAAGAUGAGAUAAACUAUUAUUUGCUUAAAAGUGGAUUCGGAAUGCAACUUUCUGAUUCUUAUGUAGAUCCUACCAUUAAAAGCAAUCCUUUCAAAAUAUAUUCAAGAGAUAUGUAUUGGCCAACUAGUGUUAAUUUACCUUAAGAUAUUAUUAUAUUUUUAAGAAACAAUUAUGUAUAUAGCGAUUUUGGGUGGAUCUCUUCUGAUAUUUAAGUUUAGAAUUACCCUUCAUAUAGCUUUUAUGAAAAUUUUGUUUAUCCACCUAAUUUUCAGAGCUACUUUUUUAGUGCUACCUUUAGAUUUGAGAAAUAAAAAGAAGGAGUUUAUCAAAGAAGCUAUUCAAAACUUACAGACAUUUUAUCUUAAAUUGGUGGUUUUUCACAGUCUCUCUUAGCGAUAGGAUUUAUCAUUUGUUCAAAUUUUUCUUAGCUUUAGCUUAAUUAACAAAUGGUCAAUUCUGUAUUUAAUUACGAUGAUAAGGAAGAAAAUAAUCAAGAAAAUAACAUGAAUGAAAUUCAAAAAUCUAUGAAUAUUCAAAAAGAUUAAAUACCUAACUAAAACUUAAAUAUGGGAAAAGAAAAUACAAUUUUUGAGAAAAUAAAUGAAAGUUAAUUUAAUUAGAAUAAAGCAGAUGACCUUCAAACCAAUGUUUAACUCGUAAACAAAAUGAAUGAAGACAUGAUGAUUUCAUAAAAAAUGAAAUUUUAAUAAGGAUUACAAAAUAGUUAAUAUUAAAGUAAAAUAAAAUAGCAGAAAACAACUUAAAAGUAAGAAAAUACAAAUAAUAAUAAUAUAAAUCAGCAGGAAAUACUCAACUCAAUUUUAAUCGAGCAAAUAGAAGUAGAAAAAAACGGAACUAAAUUUUUUGGGCUCGAUAAAAAUUAAUAAAUAAUUUAAGAUAAAUUCUAUCAUGAAAAGUAGAAGCUCUAUGAGAAGUAGCAGAAAUUGAUAGAAAAUCGCUUCGAUGAGCUAAUGUCGAAGUAAACAAAAAGUAUGAAAUUAAGUAUUUGGGAAUACUUCAAAUCAGUCAUUUAUCCUUGUGGAUACUUGAAAGACAAAAAAAAGAUUAUCAGCUAUAGCAUAGAUAAACUUUAUUACAAUCUAGAUAUCAUGAACAUCCUUAAGAGACUUAUUGAAGUAGAAAAGCUUAAGAGACUACUCCUUAAUUCAGAUUAAAUUAAGUUAUUUGAUUAUUUACCAAAACCCACUAUUAAUCCCUAUUUGAUUUUGAAAAACGCUGCCAAUCAAAAUGUUUCAAAAAGCUAAGAAGUAGAUUUACUUUAUUAAGACAAUCGCUCUGAAUUCUAGAGAGUGAAAGAUGCUUUCGAAGCAUAUAAAAAUAUUUAAGCAAGACAAGAGCAUAGUUUGCUUGAUUAAAAAAUAAUAGAAAUGCUCGAUCCUAACUUAGUUUCAGUUUUUAAUGUAUAGAGUAAUAUGAAUAAUAGCAAAAACAAUUUUGAUAUAUUAAAUUCUCCAAACUAAAUAAAAUAAAGCAUAUUUUAAUCAAAAAUUGUCACAUAAGAUGCUUUUUAGUCAAAUAGAAAUACUUUAAUAUAGAAAGAUAUGACAGCUGCUCAACUAAAUUCUGAAGAAGUAUCUCAAAUAAGGACAUGUAACUCUCCAGAUUUGUUAGAAUCUUCUAGAAUAGCUCAAUAGAAUUUAGAUGCCAAUAUCUCAUAGUAUUGUUAAGUCGAUGAAGUAAAAGAAACGAUCAAUAAAUAGGAUUAAUAAAAUAAUGUUAGUAUUAGCAAUUAAACUCCAUUACAUGAUAAAACAUUUUAAGAAGAAAUAGCAUCAGAAGAAAAAUACGAAGUAGCAAUGCAGAAGCUUGAGCCUUUCGAAAAUUAAAAAAUGUGUGAAAUGAGCUUUACAAAAUUAUGA